UCUUCCAAUAGGAAAUCGCAGCUUCCAUUUCGCUGAGAGAUUUUCCAUCGUUUUUAUUUCAGGUCAACACAAGUGGAUCGAUUUUGUGUUUUUUUUUUUACUUCGGUCCCCCCUCCCCCCGUCCCAACACAGAGAACAAUUAAAACCAAGUAAAGAAACCAUCUGAAAGGCGAAAUAAACAGUUCGUUUCCAGUCUGCUGUUGUGUGCUCGUUGAAAAGCCUCCUCUUCAGAGGGGAGGACGACCAGUGAGAAAAUGGCGGCGAACCCGAGUCAACAAAGCCAGGCCGCAAGCUGGCCCCAGCAGUAUGGUACCGGUGGGGCUGGUUCUGACGGUCCGAUUCACGAGAACCCAGAGUGGGAGAAAGCAAGACAGGCACUGGCGUCAAUCAGCAAGAACACGGCCAGCUCAGCAGCCAAGACUGCAGCGUCCAAUCAGAGCACAGCGCAGGCACCUCAGUACCCAGCAGUGCAGGGUGACUCUUCGAACCUGCAGCAGCAGCAGCAAUAUUACCAGUGGUACCAGCAGCAGUACAGUGGCUACAGCUACCCCUAUAACUACUACUAUCAGAUGCCUGCCUAUGGAGGUGGUUAUCCCCAGCAGGGUCAGUAUGCAGUCCCAGGCUCCUACCAGCAGCCUCCCACCACUCCCACUGCACAGCCACCAUUGCCUCCAAUGGAUGACACCUCCUUCCAGACUCAGUCCCAGCCCUCUACCCCAAGCACCCCCCAGUCCCCUCUCACCCCUACCCACUCCCUGGGGGCAUCGGGAGGAGGGGGGCAAAAAGAACUGUCGCAGCAUAGCAGCCACCCUCACAACCAGCAGCAGAGGAACCACUACCCUCAGAACUACCAGAACCCAUCGCAGCAAGGCUACCAGAACCAGGGGUCCAGCGCGGGCCAGCACCACUAUCAGAGCCCAGGGCACGGGUUCGGGGCCCAAACCGGGCCGAGCCAGCAGCAAGGCUAUCAGAACCAGGCUUCGGGCCAGCAGUUUAAUCAGCAGCAGCACCAGAAUUCUUACUCUGAUGGGGGGAACAAGAAAGGGAAAGGAGGAGUUCAGCAAGGACAGCAGCAGCAGCAGUGGCAACGCAUGAAACAGGCUCCUGGUACAGGUGCAGUGAAGUUCAACAUUCAGAAACGCCCAUUCGUGGUGGCCAACCAGAACUUCCCUUCCCAGGAACAGGGCAGUGGAUUGGCUGGCUUAUCGGCGACAUCACAGGACAGGUGGGCGGGGCAAGAUGUGAGCGUGACCCGGCCCGAGGACUGGCCCAAGGCGAUGAAGGAGUACGUGCAGCGCUGCUUCACAGCCUGCGAGUCCGAGGAGGACAAGGACCGCACAGAGAAGGUUCUGAAAGAAGUUCUGCAGGGCCGAUUGCAGGACGGGACAGCCUACACCAUCGACUGGAGCAGAGAGCCACUGCCAGAACUGAAAAAGAAAAAUCCCUGGGAGGCGGUGCCUUCGCAGAGGGGCGUGGAGCCUGUGGGCCAAUCUGGUGGAACUGGAGGUGUAUCUGCGAGGGGUGGAGGCCGGCUCAGGGGCGGUGUCUCCUCGUCUGGCUCCUCCCACUCCACCUUCAGCCCCCACAAGCUGGGUAACUACAGGAAUGUGUUCACCAAGGAGCAGAGCUCCUCCUCCAGCAGCCGCUCCAGAUCCAGGUCUUCAUCCCCACGCAGGAACAGGGGCAGGCAUCGCAGGAGUGACUCUGGCUCUCAGUCUGACAGCAGCAUCUCCUGUGAGGCCAGACCUCCGCUCUCAAGGAGGAACCAGAAAGGAGGGAGGGGAGAGAGAGGGAGAGGGAGGGGCAGAGGCAGAGGCAGAGGAAACCGAGGACGCAGGAGUACGGACGACUCUGGGGCGGGGGGUCCUCAGACUCAGAAGCGGGCCGGCGGGCGCAGGAAGGGCGGCUGCGCGGGGCUGGACUUUGAGGACCCGGAGCGAGAGUUCAAGAAACAGAACCGGGCAGCGAGGUUCCAGAGCGUGCUGGGUGGGAAGAGGCUGAGGACAGAACCGCUUGUGCUGCAGAUCAACGCCUUUGACUCCCACAGCUCCCAGCAAGGUGGCGGGGACGGGCUCGACUGGGAAGAGUUUAAGAUACUGGGGACCAGCCAGGACAUCACCAAGCACUACCUGAGACUGACCUGUGCGCCAGAUGCUUCCUCUGUCAGACCAGUGCAGGUGCUGAAGAAGUCUCUCAUCAUGGUGAAGACUCACUGGAAAGCCAAUCAGGAUUAUGCCUUUGCCUGCGAGCAGAUGAAGUCAAUACGACAAGACCUGACGGUCCAGGGGAUUCGUACAGAGUUCACAGUGGAAGUUUACGAGACUCACGCCAGAAUAGCUUUAGAAAAGGGUGACCACGAAGAGUUUAAUCAGUGUCAGACCCAGCUGAAAGCUCUCUACACAGAGUCUCUGUCUGAGAAUGUGGGAGAGUUCACUGCCUACAGGAUACUGUACUACAUCUUCACCAAAAACUCUGGAGAUAUCACGACAGAGCUGGCGUACCUGACCCGUGAGCUGAAGUCCGACCCGUGUGUGUCUCACGCUCUAGAGGUGCGCAGGGCCUGGGCUCUGGGGAACUACCAUCGCUUCUUCCGGCUGUACCGCUGUGCGCCCCGCAUGGGUGCAUACCUCAUCGACAAGUUCCUGGACAGGGAGAGGAAGCAGGCGCUCAAAGCCAUCAUCAAGAGUUUCCGCCCCGCAGUCCCGGUCGAGUUCAUCCAAUCAGAGCUCACCUUCCCGACGCAGGAGGAGUGCGUGGCGUUCCUCGACGCUCUCUCAGUGUCAUACGUGGGGACCGACCCCUCCAAAGUAGAUUGCAAGCUGAGCAUGGCUGUCCUGUCCAAUUUCUAAAGGAAAUUAGCACACGUUUGCUCUCCUAACCCCUGAAUAAGUCAGUGUUAAAGUACCCCAGUGAAUCCGGCAGCCCAGAACCAGGAGGUGGAGGCACCAAAUGGCUGUCUGUUUCUAAACCAGUAUAACUUGGUGACUUUUUCUUGUCUAUACUGGCUUUUAGCUAUUGUAUGCAGCACACAGAAUCCAUUUUGGUUAGAAACGGAUACAAAGGAGGGUGGUGGGAAAGGGAAUAGAAUGGCUGCUGCUGUGCAUUGUGGGUGCAAAGGGUAGAGGGCACAAAAUGGCUGCUGUUUACUUGGUUAGGGCUUUACAAAAUGGCUGCCGCAGUACAUAAAAGUAAUGGAACUUCACUGUGAGACAAAAACGCUUGCAGAUUUAGACAGCCUGUCCUUUUCCAAGUUUUAGGGAAAACAAUUAGCGUCGGACCACUUUUGAAAUAGCCCCCCCCUUCCAUUUAACCAAGGAUUCUCUUCUGCCACCCAAGCAAUGUCUAUACCAGCUUACAGCAGACAACAUGGACUGUGUUAAAGAACAGGUCUGUUCUAGCUUAACCCCAAGACAAAAUGGGCUUCAGAUUAAACAUAUUUCCAGCUUGUCCGAUACACUAUCUAGAUACAGAGCUCUCCCUAACUUGCCCAGCCUAAAAAACUGAUGCUGUCUAUUCUAGCUUAAACAAACACUCAGUAUUAACACCACAAUACACUCUAUCACAAUACAAUAUGGUCACUUGGGAAAAGCUAUUCCAGUAGACACACAUGCCUUGUAGGAAUCUUCUAGUUUGCCAUACUGGGUACAGGAACAGCUUAUAUAUAUAUAUAUAUAUAUAUAUAUAUAUAUAUAUAUAUAUAUAGCU